GUGUGUGUGUGCGCGCAUAUGUGUGCACACGUGUGUGUGUGCCACAUGUCUGAGUGUGAGUGAUUGAGUGGGUGGGAGAAAGGCAUUCACCAUUAGAGGGUCAGUUUAACAUGUCUCAACUUGGUUGAAGAUCACUCAACCAACACUAAUGCCAGUGCAUACUGAAACCAAUAACCCAUACAAGUACUUAAUACAUACCCCCAACCCACCCACCUCAAUCGGAGGAUGUACUAGUCAUCCACGUUGAACAAACAAUGUAAUUGCAACACUGCAAGUGCAAUGUCUACUUUGUCACAGAGAAAGAUAGAGAGACAGAGAGAAAGGAAGAGAAGAAAUGCUCCCAAUAAAAGCAGAUAUAAAAGCCUUAAAGCAUGAAGUAACUCUGUGGUGACACAGAUAAAGCCAGGCUUUAACCCUUGGUGUGACGUGAAGCUAAGGCUGAAGUCCAGCACUGAUAGGACCAGAGUGACGAGCUGACGGCAACUCACACACACACACACACACCUCUUAUGGACUCUGAGUCUUUGGUUUAGGGCAGACACACUUGAUCGCUUCCUCAGACGCAGCUGGUGUUUGGUGUGAAUGAAUGAGAACGGGCACAACUUCACAGAAGAGCAUUGAUUGCCACGCGUAGCAGCUAGCAGAGAAGAGAUGUCUGAUGUAGUGUAUGUUAUCACCCUGCAUUGAUCUUCAGUGGAGAUGUGCUCUACCCUAGAGAAGAUAAUCAACUUGUCCUGAUCUUCAGUGGAGGCGUGUGUUGUGACUAUUUUGGUGCUUUGCUUUGCUGGUUGUGUUGUGACUGUCCCCAGUGUAUCUAGUGUCUCUACGGUUGAUCCAGGGGUUGUUCCAGUGUAAGAUGCAGUGUCGAGGGGCCAUGGUGCUGCUCCUCUUGGGGCUAACUGAGGUGUUGAGCGCUGAGCCCCCCGCCGCUGAAAACCUCCAUAUGCUCUCCCCGGAGGAGCACAAAGCCAUCCUCAACCUCGGCCAGAAAGUGCUUCCCAGGGACUGCCAUGAGGUAUGGGAGAGCUCAGGUGGGCAGGCCAUGGACGGCAUCUACCUGAUCCAGCCAGCGGACUCCCGCAUCUCAGCCUACUGCUCCAUGCAGGACGGUGGCUGGACCGUGGUGCAGCACAUCACUGUCAACAGCAGUGUGGAUUUCGACCGCACCUGGGAGGAGUACAAGCGAGGCUUCGGGGCCCUCAGCGGCAACCACUGGCUGGGGAACCAAUACCUCCACCAGCUGACCUCUGGAAACGUGCGCUACAAGCUGGGUGUCAAGCUGGUGGACAAAGACGCCGUGACCAAAUUUGGCGAGUACGACCCGGUUCUGCUGGAAGGUGAGGAAGCCCAGUACCGGCUCCGACUGGGCCUCUUCCAGGGCACGGCCGGCGACGCGCUCACCCAAGACACGGAGAACUAUCUCCACGACAACCAGAGGUUCACCACAAAGGACCGCGACAAUGACAACUACUUCCAGAACUGCGCCCGGCUGGAGUUCCAGGGCGUGGCGGGCGGAGGCUGGUGGUACGACGCCUGCGCCGGCGCGAACCUGAACCGCCGCAACGUCAUCUACUGGCAGAAGGACUGCAACAAGGAGCACCUGUGCAAAUACGCCUGGAUGAUGGUGAAGCCGUCCGAGCUGAUCAAAGUGGUCAAAGUCAAGGGGGAGUGUGGCAAGGAUGAGCUGUGAUUGCAUUACAAUGAGGAGCCGGGAUGAGGCGAGGCGAGACGAGCUUGAUUUAAUCAGGUCGGGUCGCCAGUGUGUGGGCACUGAGGGCGGAUCGAUCAAUAGAGCCUCGUGAUGAAACGGAAGCUGAUGACCCUCUUUAAAGCCUCGCACUCGCUCGUCCUAUCAGGGUUAAUUAGUUUGGGUUGACUUUUCACACAUCAUGUUGAUUAGAUUUGUGAUCAAGAAAGCUUUGAGGUGUGAAGACAAGAACGGAUGGGAUGAACUAGACUAGUGCCACACUGGAGACAUGUUUUUUUGCAAUAUACAGAUUUAUGUUUUAUAUAUAAAAAAUGAAUUAUAAUGCACAGAAAUACAUUGAACACUAAAUAAAGAAGGACGAUAUCCACUAAUUCUCCUAGACGGUAUUUAGUAGAUUGUGUCCUGAAUGGAAUAAAAGAAACGAUGCAUCAGCACACAUACUGUAAUUACAUCUACAUACUGUCUUCCUUUUCAGAUAUGCUAGUCACUUUUUGUGCAAGUUUGAAAUGGUUCAUAGGCAUAAUACUGUCAACACCAGCGACAAAGAAUAUCCAGUCAUCACUGAAAGCAGGCAAUGCAUGAAAUGUGCUAUUUUUCAUGAUUGGGGAACAGUAGUUAUAUAUGCAUUAAUGUACACAGUUGAUAUUUUAAUACCUUUCUCAGCUUCACAAAACAUGGGUGUGGCGAUGAAGCAAUCAAAAUAAAAUGUCCUCUUUUGAUCAGGAAUGGUACAUAAACCUUUCUUUUGUAAAUUAAACAAAUAAAACAGA